AUGAAGUCUUCCAAGGUACCAGAUGGCCAAGGAAGCGUAUAUAAAGAGGUGCGCUUCUCACCAACUUCAACGCCAAUUCGUCGUUCAAGAUCUGUUGCGGGCAGUACCCCCGCAUGGAGCUCUAAAUACGCACAAGGGCCAUUAUGGCAGCCAUCAAAUCAAAACAUAUUUGCUACGGACACUUCCUAUACCAAUCAUUCACGACAGCUUCUCGAGAAACAGCGCGCAAAUUUUGAAGCUGAAAGGGAGGCUUUUUCACAAGAAAGACGACUAUGGGAGAAGGAAAGCUCGCUCUUGAGGGCAAAGAUUGUGGAGCUGGAGUUAUUGCUGAAGUGUCAAAGGACGGCAUCGUCAAGUACGUCAAUACUGCAUGCACCUCUGCCGGUGCUCGGGAUCCCGCAGUUCCAAGGACGGAGAUCCGAUGACUUCUUUCACAGCGCCCAGGUGUGGGAGGGCUCAAGUCCAGCAAGUCGGCCAACCAGGGUCUUUCGCGACGAAGAAGUUCCUGAAAAUCGUUUGUCGCCAAGCAUCGGAGGGGCAAGUGCUAGCCCUCCAUCCCUCGAUGCAGCACUUUCACCCCGAUCGCAGGCAGCUGAUGCUGCUGGAGUGCAUAUGAGCGUACCAGUCCCGAUUGAGAAGCUUGACAGUAGGCUAGAUGGAAUUACUCUCAAAUCUACAGCUUUACCACCUGGAGUGGUAGCUCGCGUUAUCACUCCGCCAACCCCGUCUCCCUUGGAACCCGCCCUUGCGGAUUCCCCCUCGACAUCUGCACGGCCGAACGGGGAACAUCGAAACAGCCUCAAGCUGAAGCUGUCGCUGUCAGAGCUCGGCCCACCUAACGAGAACCUGCUCAGAAAUGCUGGUCACACUCCAAUGGCUAUCGUAGAUAUAGAUGAAAGCCAGGAGCCUACAGAAGAACCCACUCCGUUCCCAGAGGUACAAGAAGUCGAAAAGGCCAUUUCUCCAUCCGUGGAGACCAAGGCCGAGGAAGCCCCUCAGCCGAGAGAACAUGCAGACUCAUACUUCCCUGAUGUCCAUGACGAUCCAGCCCUAAAGGGGCCCCUUGGUCUCAUCAACGACCAGGAACACGAUAAUAGUUUUCUGAAUGAGCUUGAUCUGAAGCUCCUUGACCAGGCCAGGCGCAUCCUUGGUUCGGUAGAAGUUGACGAUCCUAAUGAGAAGAAUCAAGAAGUGUCUAACCAGGGUGAGCCCGAACCGGAAAUCAAGUUCAAAAAGUCUACCAAUUUCGGUACAGCGUUUGGACUCAAGAGCCUUGGUCAAUUUUGA